GUGAACGCUCGCGGGAGUGGGCGGGGCCAGUGGCUGUGAUCCGAUCUCCAGAAGUCCGCUGUAUCAGCCAAUGAUGGCGUGAGGGGGCGUGACGUCGAGUGGGGCGUUGUGGGGGAGAGGGGGAGCGGCGCCAGUGGACUGGAGACGGGCUGUGGGGAGCUGAGUGCAGGCAGAGCGGAGGGUGAGACGGGGUGAGGACAGGAAGACAGCUGAUCGGGGUGCGCGCGGGAUUAUCUUUGGCGAACAAGGGACCGUUUUAAUUAUUUAUUUUUGUCUGAUAGCUGUAUAUUUCAUUAUCGCUUGGUGCGCGCGCGCGCGUGUGUGUGUGAGAGAGGUGUGUGUGCACAUAUUUCAGGGUGGAGAUGUGUCAGGGCGCAGUGGCAGGGUGAGAGAGAUAGCGCUGUGACAGGAAGCAGGCUCAGGGCGUUGCGUGUGGGUUGUGGCGCGUGAGGCGCGCGUGAAGAGCAGCGCGUGCAGUGUUGUGAUGUCGUCGUAAAAGCGCGACCGAAUUAGCGCGCGCAGCUCCCUCUCUCCUGAGGUAACGGUAACCUAGCUCGUUAGCUAGAGCCGGUUAGCUUCAGCCUAGCUUCAGCCUCUUCACUCAUCCAUCCUCCCUCACCCCCCCUUCCCCCUCCCCCGAAGCCGCCGCCGCAGUUGAUGUUCCGUCACGAAGUCGGCGUCCUGUCGUUCCUUCCGUCCUGCUCGUCCCUGUUCCAGUACGACCAGAGGAACAUGUCCCGCUACAACAUCUACAGCCUGCUGGACUGGAUGUACGGCGGAGUGGACCCCCGGUUCGAGGGGAACGGAGGGCCCGAAUGCGCCGCCUUCCUGCCGCCCAUGCAGCGCGCGUGCGAGAGCCUGGUGUUCGUGCUGCUCUCCGUGGCCGAGGUCGUUGUCUCCGCGCGCCACAUCAACUUCGCGCGCGCGCACCGCGAGGCCGUGAGGGACACGCGCAGGCACCGGGAGGGGGACAGCCUGGGCAAGAACCUGCUGCUCGCCGCCCUCUGCGUCACCUUCGGGGUGGAGGUGGGCUUCAAGUUCGCCACCAAGACCGUCAUCUACCUGCUCAACCCCUGUCACGUGGUCACCAUGAUACAGAUCUUCCUGCUGGCGUGUCCCCCCGGUAAAACAGCCAUGGUGGUGUUCAGGCUACAGGUUCACAUGCUAAACGGAGCCCUGUUAGCGCUCCUGUUUCCCGUCGUCAACACCAGAUUACUUCCCUUUGAGAAGGAGAUCUACUACAUCCAGCACUCCAUGCUCUACCUGGUGCCCAUCUACCUGUUCAGGAAAGGAGGUGUGUACAAGCCGGAGCCGCUGGGUGACAUGUGGUGGGCGCUGUUAUCCACAGGCAUCCUGUUCCUCUACCAUUUUGUGUUCCUGCAGGGCCUGGGAAUGGUGACUGAGGUGAACCUGAACAACAUGCUGUGUCCUGCCGUGUCCGAUCCAUUCUACGGGCCGUGGUACCGGGUCUGGGCCGCCGCCCACCAGACGGCGCUGACGCUCCUGCACGGCAAAGCACUCACCGUCCUCUGUCAGCAUGCCCCGCCCACUCUGUGUCACCUGCUCCACUCCGCCCGCCUGCGCUCAAAGAAAGUCGACUGAGGCUCCGGACGCAGAGCGCUCCGACCCACGGUCCUGUUUCUCUAACCGGAGAUAGUGAGCGGUCCGGGCGGGCUUGUGCUGUUUAACGGUUUAAUCGUCUCUACGUCUCACACUCCGUCUCGUCUCGUCUCGCCUCGUCUCUCACACGCGUUCUCCAGAUCUAACGAGUCUCACACACUUUCAUAGCAACAUCACGACGAUGAAACACACAAGGACGUCUCUGGUACGAGAUCAGAUCCUCCAGAUCAGACUUUUAUCAGAUCUGCAUAGAAGCCCCGCCUCCUCCCAUCAUCUCACCCCGCUUUCGUUUUUUGUUUAAUUCCCUAACUAAACAUACAGAUUAUUUACACACCGCUUUUAUCUUUUUAUUUUCCCGCUCGUGUUAGUUGUGUGCUCAGACGUUGUUGAACUCGACAGUAAAAAUGUUGAGUGUGUGUGAGGACUUUUAAAAAUUAAAACGCGCUGUUGUUGUUGUGUUUUUUUUUUUUUUAUUAAACCUCAUCCGUUGCAGUGAUUGGCUCCGCCUACAAACAGUUCCCGCCUCCACAGCUGGAAUAUGACCACCACUCCUCCUCAUCCUCACUCCGCUACACCCUGUAACUCUGACUCCACAUUUCCGUCUUUCAAUCCGUGAUGAUUAAACCGUUUGACCGAGCAUUGAUAUCGCACAAGCCCGGGGCCGAGUGUGUGUUGCGUGUGUAUGAACCCGGAGACGCUGCGCGCCGGUCCAGAGGAUUCCCCCCGAAGCCUCGCUGCUCGAUUCUGAGCUUCUCGUUAAAACAGCAGACUUUUUAAUCUUCAGUUGCCUUUUAGUUUUUCUUUUUUUUAUUUUAUUUGUUACAUUUUUACAUGUACAGUCUGUGACAUCACAGCUCUGUGGUCACUUCAAACACAUCCCAGGCUCUGCCCCAAUUCAAACCCUCCCCCCCUCCCCCGGUAACGUGUCGUGAACAGCGUCAGUGUGUCGAUGUCGUGUUCGUGUUGAUGUGACGCUUUUAACGCUUUCUGCCUCUCCAUCUCACAACACGUUCCUCACACACACACGAUGUACAAAGGGUGCCGUCGGAGAGCGGACUGUACUGUAGAACACACACACGACGUUUUUGUUAACAUUUUUUAAAAAUGCCUCAUUUUUCUGCAUUGCCGCGCCUGUACACUCACACCUCAAUGUUUUUGUGUUUUAUUUUUUUAAUUCAUGAAUAAAACUGUCAUACUGCACAUUUUUAAUAAAGGAAAACAUUAAUAAGUUGUGAUGUCGUGUACAGACGAGGAUGUUGUGUAGUUUUAGGUCAUUUCUAGAUGUUUUUCGACGUGAUGUGAGUUUCUCUGAGACUUCCGUCUGAGAGCCGAACCUUUGUGUCUUUAGGAACAUGAGGGAUUUACAGACGCUGAUCAGACGCCUGCACAUGAACACUGCCAGUUUCAGUGGAUAGAUAUCGUUAUAUAAACACACACACACACACUCCAGAAACAGAUCUGAUUCCAGCAGUUGGAUCUCAGCAGGGUUUUUGUCGGCUCCAGACGGUGUUUCCUCCAAGCUGUUUGGAUCCGAGAAGAGGGACUGAGCGGGAUUUUGUAGUUUUUUUUGUACUGUUAUUAAAGUUUGUCUGUAUUGUGGUAACAAAAAAAUAAAAGUUC